CCUUAGAUUUCGGUAUGUCUCUCUCUCUCUCAUCUGUUUGUGCGCAAUGAAGACGAUUUCUUGAGAAAUUAAUUUCACUCAUAUGCGCUCUCUUCUCCUCUCAUCUCAUCUUUCUCCGAAUUAAUCUCAAAGCAGCCUCGCCCUUCAAUCUUCAUUCAUUCUCUUCAUACCAACAACAACAACGACGCAAAUUCUACCACUUUCACAGAACAACAAGAAGAAGAAGAAGGUGAAAAAUGUAUCAAACAAUGAAUCUGAGCCUGGUUAGGGCACUCUUUUUGUGCAAUUCCACCUCUUUUCAUCUUAAACUAGGAUUUGGUCCUAAUUUCUUCAUCUUGAAUAGGUCAUCCAUUAGCUAGAAAAAAAAAAUGUUUCCUUUAGGUUCUGAAUUGUUGUUGGUGGGCUCUAUCUAUCUGUUAUGCACUGAAGGGGAACAAGACCAAGAAGAAGAAGGGAAGAAGCUUGUCACUGUGGUGUGAGAGAGUGAGAUGACCGACAUUCGGCAACAACAGUUGCAGCAACAGAAGCCUGAUAGUGUCACCACUGAUGCCCGCACAGAAUUCGAGUGGGGAUUGGAGGAUUUGGUGCGAGGACACCUAGAUGACUGUAUGUCUUUUACAUCUUGUAGCUCUCCACGUAUUCCUGAGGAUGCUGAGGAUGAUGAAGGUGAUCAGCUUUUGCGAAGGAGAAGAAGGUCCGAUAUUGAUGGUGAUGAUCUGGCUGAGUCUUCCGCUGCUCGAAGGCGCCAUUCCAGGAUCCUCAGCAGAUGGGCUGCUAGACAGGCACAAGAGAUGUUUACAACAAUCGAGAGGAGAAACAGAGAAACCGAGUUAAUGGCAUUAGCGGGACUCCACACUGUUUCCAUGCUCGAUUCGUCCUUCUUGAGAGAGUCACAGCCCCCGGUACCUUCCUCCAGGAGGCAGGGUAGUAAUGUUCAGGGGUUGAGCACCCGACCGUCGUCCAUUUUGCAGAUGUGGCGGGAGUUGGAAGAUGAACAUGUCUUGAAUCACGCUCGAGAGAGAGUAAGGGAAAGAUUGAGGCAUCAGACGAGUGUUGGAUCGCGCGCAACGAAUAUCUCGAGCACGACUAUGUCUGAGAAUCAGGAGACUGAAGAAAUUCGAGGCGGUGCAGAAGAUGUAAGUGGGAGCGAGGCUGAUUUUAUUUCUAGCCGCGAGCAGUCGCCUGAUCUUGGUGAUAUCGAGAGGGAGAGGGUUAGGGUUAGGCAAAUUGCGAGAGGAUGGAUGGAGAGUGGUGUCACGAAUCGUUCAUCAAAUGUUUCCCAGAGAAGCAGUGGUCCUAGGGCAGAGUGGCUUGGUGAAACUGAACGUGAAAGGGUUAGAAUUGUGAGGGAAUGGGUGCAAAUGACUAGUCAAGAGAGGGGAUCUCGGGGUAGUAGGAGAGGGGAGCAGACUUCUAGACCAGGUUCGCAGGUUGAAAGAACUCGUGAAAGUAUGGUUGUGGACCAGGAUGACGGCCAGCCAGAGAAUGCUCGAAGAGACAGGUUGAGAUUAAGAGGAAGGCAAGCUUUAGUUGACUUGCUUGUUCGGAUUGAGGGUGAAAGACAGAGGGAGCUCCAGGGCUUGUCGGAACAUCGAGCUGUUUCUGAAUUUGCUCAUCGCAAUCGCAUUCAGUCACUUCUCAGAGGCCGGUUUUUACGAAAUGAAAUCCCUGUGGAGGGUGAGAGACAACGACACACAGUUUCCGGUUUGAGUAGAGAAGAUUUCCGCUCAAGAUUGGAAAAUAUUGUGAGAGGACAAGCAGCAGGAAGCCAUUCUGAUACUUCUGUCCCCAAUGACGUCAUCACUAGUUCUAGAACUGAUGAGGCUCAUGUGAAUACAAUAGAGGACAGUUACAUUGGAGAUAAUGAGCUACCAACACAACCUGCAACUCAGGAAAUUGAAACUGACAUCCAACGAAUAUCAAAUCCUUCAAUAAAUUCAGAGAGUAAUAAUUCAACUGGAGAAAAUCCUAAUUGGCAAGUGACUAUCGAUGAAAGAGAGGAUCAUCUUCAGGAGCAUGGUACUGAUGAUGGGAGAAGAAACUGGAUGGAGGCAACAUAUGAUCAAAUAAGUGAAUGGAGAGAUGAAACUGGAAAUGAGGUUGUGGUUGUGGUUGAAGACCAUCCAAGAGAUCCACGAGAAAUCAAUGAUGUUUGGAAUGAGGAGGGUGCGAGUAGAGAACCCGUAGAAAAUUGGACGAAUUCUCCUUCAGAUCGUCCGAGGCUCAGACGAUUUGUUCCUGUUAGAAGAGUGAAUAGAUUCAACCCACCUGAUGAUGAUAAUGUGUAUAGUAUGGAACUCAGAGAACUUUUAAGCAGGAGGAGUGUGUCGAAUCUUCUUCGAAGUGGUUUCCGAGAGAGUCUGGAUCAUUUAAUCCAAUCCUACGUAGAAAGGCAAGCGCAUGCACCCAUUGACUGGGAUUUGCAUAGGAACUUGCCACCUGCUUCACCUGAUCAUGAUGAUGACCAAGAUCAACAAAGGGAGGAGAAUAAUGAAGAUCAGAAUGAUAUUGUCCGACCUUCAUUGGUGUUACCAUCUCCGCCUGUACCCCCUCCACAGCCACUUUGGCAUCAGGAUUUGCAUCACUCUACCUGGUCCCGCCACAGUAUGCAUCGAUCCGAACUUGAGUGGGAUAUGAUUAAUGAUUUGAGGGCGGAUAUGGCAAGACUUCAACAAGGCAUGAACCACAUGCAACGAAUGUUGGAAUCCUGCAUGGACAUGCAACUAGAGCUCCAACGCUCGGUAAGGCAGGAAGUUUCUGCAGCUCUAAAUCGCUCUUCUGGCGAACGAGGGGUAGCAGAAACAUCAGAGGAUGGAUCGAAAUGGGGACAGGUUCGAAAGGGAACUUGUUGUGUUUGUUGUGACAGCCUUAUUGAUUCUUUACUGUACAGAUGUGGGCACAUGUGUACUUGCGCAAAAUGUGCAAAUGAGUUGAUUCAGGGAGGAGGAAAGUGCCCGUUGUGCAGGGCACCUAUUGUCGAGGUGAUUCGAGCUUACUCAAUACUAUAAUAAUAAUAAAUAAUAAUAAUAAUACUAUAAUAAUAAUAAUAAUAACAAUAAUAAUGAUAAUAGAGGAAGGAAAAGUGUUGUUGGAAUGAGAAAAAGUGUAUAAAAAGGAAGUAAAUGGAGCUGUUUGAUUCAUUGCAGCCUAUUAAAAAAGCACUUCAGUUGUAGUAGGAUAUGUUACUAGUCUUGCCACUCUUGUUGUUCUGGUUAUAUACGUGUCGUCGAACGAACAAACCCACGCCUCUGCUGGUGUAUAAUUUUGAAUUGUCGAAGGGCAUCUCCUUUUUUUGGUUACUGAUUCAUUUCAUAAAUAAAAUUGUCGCCUCAAUUUUCCUUAUUUCUUUCUU